AUCCCAGCCCGCACACAAUAUUCAAUAUGUCAGCCGUGAAAGUUGCACUUGUCGGAGCAAGUGGUGAAACAGGCCAAUCCAUUGUCAAUGGUCUCCUGGGUUCUCAAGAUACCAAAUUCGACAUCGUAGCCCUCACAAGGCCCGAAUCCCUCGAGAAACCCGCCAAUACCAAUCUCAAGGAACGUGGAGUUAAGAUUGUCCCAGCGGACUUACGAGGUCCCCAGGACGAAAUUGUCAAGCUCCUUUCGGGUAUCGACAUCGUCAUCUCGGCAAUCUACUUUGGUAGCCUUGCAGAUGAAGUCCUACUUGCGAAUGCUGCAAAGAUUGCUGGAGUGAAGCGAUUUGUUCAGUCCGCUUUUAUGAUCAUUCUUCCCCCAAGGGGAGUCGUGGACUUUCGCGAACAGAAAGAAAACAAUCUUGGCCAUAUUCAAAGUCUUCACCUUCCAUACACCUACAUCGAUGUUGGGUGGUGGUACCAACUGACUCUCCCCCGACUCCCUUCGGGUAGGAUUGAUUACGCUCUCCCGAAAACACAAGACAACCAGGUCAUCGGUCUGGAUGGCAAUAUUCCCAGUGCUCUAGCUGAUAUCAGAGACGUUGGACGGUAUGUUGCGAGAAUUAUCACGGAUCCGCGCACUCUGAAUAAGAAGGUUCAUGUGUACAACGAAAUAUACACACGGAACCAGGUAUAUGAGGUACUGGAGCGGCAUAGUGGCGAGAAGAUACCACGGGAAUAUAUAUCGGAGAACGAAGUAAAUACACGGAUAGAGGAAGCACGUACCGCCCUCAACAAGAAUCAUAAGGACGGUGACGCGCUGUCUACGUUCACGGUGUCUCAGCUGUUCCGGUCCUGGGGCAUUCGUGGCGAAAACACUCCGGAAUAUGCCGCAUACCUUGGAUAUUUGAAUGGCAAGGACCUAUAUCCCGACUUUGAGUUUACCAAGUUUGAGGACUAUGUCAAGGAGGUUCUUGAGGGGAAAGUAAAGGGAGUUUAUCAAACCAAGAAAUAA